AUGCACCAAACGGUCACUGCCGAUAACAAAGACCAUGACACCGUCCCUGCCAGCAUCUUAUGCGACGUGCACCAUGGCCAGCUCGAAACUGAGGUUUCAGCUGCGCAAUCCCGACGUAUAUUACUGAAGAUUGACUCGGUGGUGUUGCCCCUCAUCGUCGUUUCAAUGACACUGGCAUUCUUAGAUAAGAAUGGCCUUGCAUAUGCAGCAGUAUAUGGCUUAGAGACAGACACACAUCUGGUCGGGCAGCAGUACAGCUGGCUGGGAAGCAUCUUCUACUUCGGCUAUCUUGCUAUGGAGUUCCCCAAUCUCUGGUUAAUCACAAAAUUCCCCACGGGUAAAUACAUGGGAGGCUGUCUCAUGGCCUGGGGUGCAUGUUUAUGCCUCCUGGCGGUCUGCCGCAAUUUCGCUGGACUCGCUGUCAUUCGCCUCUUGUUGGGUAUUUUCGAAGCUGCUCUACUUCCGUGCCUGUUGCUCGUCAACUCAAAGUGGUAUCGACGCAAUGAACAACCGUUACGCACAGCCCUUUGGUACAAUACGUUUGCGGGUGUUUUCGGUGGUAUAUUGAGCUAUGCUAUCGGGCAUAUCAAGGGGGACCUGCCCACAUGGAAAUAUAUCUUCAUUAUCUAUGGGGCUGUAACUAUUCUAGUCGGCUGCUUAGUUAUCUUUGCCCUACCCGAUAGCCCUGCAACUGCUUGGUUUCUCUCAGCGGAAGAAAAGAAGAUUGCGUUGUUACGUGUAUCUGAAAACCAAACUGGUUUAGGAACUCACAAGGAUAUGAAGCUUGGCCAAAUCCUGGAGGCUCUUACGGAUCCUAGAUACUACAUACUCAUGACAUUCGUCAUCGCCCAGUCAAUCACGAAUGCCGGAAUCACAAACUUCAACCCGCUUAUUAUUUCUGGAUAUGGCUUCUCACAAGCCAAGACAACGUUACUCGCCACGCCCCAAGCUGCAGUUGCAAUGGUUGCCCAAGCACUUUUUACGACUCUCACAUUCUUCGUACCCAAUAUCCGCUGUUUGCUUUGGGUCAUAUCCUCUCUAAUUGCUAUGGCUGGAGCUAUAGUGGUCCAUGUUGUGGAUCCUACUACACAACGUAAUGCUUCGCUCGCUGGUGUUUAUAUUAUGGGGUUCUACAACGUACCAUGGGUGCUCGCAUUGAGCCUGCAAACAUCUAACACGAGUGGAACAACGAAAAAAAGUUUCGUCUCUAUCUCCGUGGCCAUAUUUUACGCUGUUGGAAACAUCAUUGGUCCACAAUUCUUUCUUGAAGACCAAGCACCACGUUAUCCACUUGGUAUUGGAGCAAUGCUGUGCUGCUUUGCUAUAAUGACGGCUACGGGAAUUCUGUAUUUCAUCUCGUGUUUCACUUCUAAUAAACGCCGUGAUCGUAUUCAUGGACGAAUCAGUGAUCAGCCCGGCAUGGAAGUUGCAGGGAUCGAAGCCGAUCUAGAUGAUUCAACCGAUCACGAGAACAACAAGUUUAGAUAUUCAUACUAG